AUGCAUCGGUCGUGCAUUCUCGCCUUGAUUUCCGCCAUAGGAGCUGCCACCUCUCCUCUUGCCGCUGACAGCGUUCCCCCUGAACCUGUCCAGAAUGCGAACCACAUCUUCAACGCCAUCCACUCGUCCAUGAGACAAUGGGGCUCAGCACUCAACCACAACGGCAUGUCAUUCUUCCUGGCAGAAAUGCCACAGGGAAUCAAACUCUACCACGGUGACGGCCAUCCAGAGCACAUUACCGGAGUCCGAUGGCUGGCCUUCGACCCCGAGCAUGCAUUUGCUUUCGCGCGAUCAGGACCGAAGAGACCCGAGACACCUCCGAAACCUUCAUCUGGCUCUCAACAAGUGAUGGGCGGGGACCAAGAUGGACCAGCCGGGGAAGACAAUGGCGGAUGGCUCCACACCUACACUACGGCCAAGAAUCUUCGCCUCAUUCUUAUCGAUGGGAUGUCAGCUGGCAAAUCCAAGAUUGGGACUCUCGACCUGCAGGACCGGGUGCUAUUUGAAGAUGAGUUUAACGGUGGCGUCUUGCAGGAGAAUGUGCGUGCAGAGGCCGUGUGUCGCAUUGCAAGGGAAGAGUGGAAUGAUCGGGUGGAUGGGGUUAUUCGGCUGGCUUCGGGGUUCGAGGUGAUUCUAUGCAAUUCAGAACAGAACCUGGAGCCUGUUCACGUGGCAAGAGUGAGGUCUUCUAGUCCGAGGAAAGGGGACAAUGAGAAGAAGGGAGGGAAACCGACCGAGGUCCUCCAAGUGAUGAGGGCCAGGUACAAUGGCAUCGGCGGUGAGCGGGUGGUCUUGAACUACGAUCAUUUCGUCACGGCUUACAAUCAUUCCCUGAAUCUUUUUCCGGACGACAGCACCGCCCCACGUCUUAACCACCUUCCAUUUGCAGAGUUGGAACCCAUCCGCAAGAGCCUCACAUCUCUCGUAAUGGCGCAUGAUGUCGGACACAGACAGGUGAACUGGCAAGCGAUCACUGAUAUGAUUGUCCAGAAGUACAGCCACCCGCUGCGUGAACUGACUUCAAGACACCACCACCAUCACGGCUUGUUCUCUCUGGUUGCAGAGGUUGCACGCCUUUGGAAUACAUUCGUCGAUCAGGACAACAGAGAUGUUGACGAAGAAAUGGAGAGAUGCGCAACUCAGUUCAUCCCCGCCAAUGCUGCCGAUGACUCGCUUGCCCACCGCGCAGUUUAUGCUGUUAGCAGUCGGAUCUGCGCUUCGUUUGUCGAAGUCCUGGAGACGAAAGAAUAUGAUGUCGCGGUUGAUGUCUUGCGAUCACUGAUGGACUAUUUAAGUUGGACAGUGUGGAAGGAGUGCCAUGGCUGUCAUGACGAUGAGUUUUGUCAAAUCCCGAUCUGGCCUCAGGGGUCGUGGGACGACUUUGAGCACCCGCGUUGUCAGAAAUUUGAAUCAGCGUACCAGGGUCCUGAUGAUUUCUGGGGACCCGUGUGGAGAUGA